UCGGAUUCAGUCGGAUUUUAAUGGCGGCCGAUCCGGAGUCCGCGGCUCGUGUUAUUGUCGAGUGACGGAAGGGACGGCGCGCGUCGCGAGUGCUUGACCACCAUCUCGGGGAGAUCGGGCGAGAGGGCUCACCGAGGCAAGUUCGACGCGGCCCGACCGCGCGGCCGCCCCGCAGCUCCGCGACCGGGCGCGAGGCCCGAGGACGGCACGCCACCCGCGCACGACCCACGAUGGUGCACCCUCGCGAUGUGCCCUAGUCCGUGCCCGCGAGCGCGAAACGCAUCGCGGAUCGCGUCGCGGCUACUGCUUCCGACCCUGUCCCCGGCCUCUAAGCCCUGGCGCUCCUAGGAGCAAGGAGCACGAGGCAGUGAGCAUCAUGUUGGUGCUUAGGAGCAUGCUGACUUGGUAGUGCCGCAACGAUAGGGGCCAACUACCAGUAGCAAACCAGCUUCACGUCCAUACCACUCGACCCGACUGUCCCAGAUCCACAUGUGCUCGAACAUACAAGAGACCACCCGCACCAUGAGGCUCCUUGGAUCUGUCAAUCUUCCUGCUGCUCCAUUCGUAACGCCUCCACCACCUGCGUCAAUGCUAUUUUGCAGUCCGAUAUCGCUCUCAUCCAUGUACCUUGUCGUGUGGCUUCUGGUUGCACUGGCAUCUGCAUCCUUGGAUGUCCCUGUCAGUACGGUUCCUUCCAUAGAGGAAAAUCGAUCCCCUCACAUCGUGGCGCAGUUCCCUUCGACUGACCCUAACCGAUAUGGGCUCUUUCCAACCGAGGCCAAUGCCACGAAGGAAGGUGCUCUUCGCUUGAAUCAUCUCACCAUAGAUCCCAAUACUGGACGCCUCUAUACCGGAGCUGUCAAUAGACUGUUGCAAAUGGAUUCCAAUUUGAAACUCGAGGAGUAUGUUUCCACCGGGCCAAGAUUAGAUAAUCCACAAUGCUAUGCGACUGGGUGUCCUUCGAGGGAUACCACGACGUCGUGGAUGGACAACGUGAAUAAGCUGCUACUAGCCGACCUGGAAGCGCAGACCUUGAUAGCGUGCGGGUCUCUUCUUCAGGGUGCUUGCGAGAAAUACAAAAUGUCAAACAUAUCCAUCAAACCGGAGUUCGUGCCUCGUAGCGUGGCAGCUAAUGACGAGACCUCCUCCACGUAUGCCUUCAUCGGUCCAGAACGAUAUAACCCUUGGAGGAAGACAAGCAUCCUCUAUGUUGGUACCACGUUCACCAAUAACGGCGAGUACCGCCACGAUGUUCCUGCCAUUUCCAGCCGGAACCUUGCUACGUUAGACUUUGCAGAAUUCACCUUCUAUAGGCAGUCGAUCUUAUACAUAGACGUGAAGUAUCGGGACCACUUCCUGGUGAAAUAUGUGUACGGGUUUAACGCAAGUGAAUACGCGUACUUUGUGCUAGUUCAGAAGCAGUCUUACCUUCCGGAGCAAGAGGAGCUGGGUUAUAUCUCCAGGUUUGCCCGCAGCUGCAUAAGCGACUCCAACUACGACAGUUACACCGAAGUGACGCUGCAGUGCAGUGUUGACGUUGGAGAUGGCAAGCAACAAGUCUAUAACUUAGUGCAGGAUGCCAAACUCGCCGUGGCUGGUAGCGAUCUGGCCAUGCAGUUGGGCAUCGCUGUCGGAGACCUUGUCUUCGUCUCUGUCUUCUCACCUAGCAAGGGUAUCACCAACGAACCCUUGCCUCGUUCGGCCCUCUGCGUCUACAGCUUGCAAGAGAUCGAGACCAAGUUCAACGAGAACAUCCACAUGUGCUUUAAUGGUAGCAUCAAGUAUCGGAACAUGGGUUACGUCAGUGGUCCCAUUCAAGAUGGAAAAUGCCCGUCCGCAGGAGAGUCUUCGUUACAGACGACGGGAAACAUUAUGCACUUCUGCGAGGUCGGCUUAAAGAUCUCGGGGGUCUCUCCGAUCAUCGGACAGGCAGUUCUUCAUUUUCCCAACGAUUUCGUGACGUCGGUCGCCGUGGCGAACACCGAGAGCCACACGGUCGCCUUUCUCGGGACCAACGACGGUGUCCUGAAGAAAGUCUUGCUAUCCGGCACCGAGGCGUCCAUUUAUGAGAGCAUCGUCAUUGAUAAGGGCCAAAAGCUGCUGCCAGACACCGUCAUCGCUCCAGGUGGAGACUACAUUUACGUCCUCUCUACGUCGAAAGUCUCUAAGGUCAGGGUCGAGCACUGUAGCAGUUAUACCAACUGCAGCAGUUGCCUCGAUGCCAGAGACCCUUAUUGCGGAUGGUGUUCCCUGGAAAAGAGAUGCACCGUUCGAGGCGCUUGUCAGAAGGCAAGUCAGAGCAGUCCCAGAUGGUUAUCGCUGGGCACGGGCCAGCAAUGCAUCGACUUCGAGCAGGUAUUGCCCGAUCGGAUCCCCAUCAACCAGAUGACGACUGUCCAGUUAACGAUCAGGACCCUGCCGGAGUUGCCGGCUGGGGCGAAUUAUAAGUGCGUCUUCGGAAACGCCGAUCCCAUCGACGCGUUGAUGACGGGAUUCGGCCUGUCUUGCCCGACACCUCCGGUCGCCGGCAGACCCAGCAUCCCCGACGAAUCCGACCAUGUCCUGGUGCCUCUGUCGGUACGCUCGAGCGAGACGAACAAGGACUUCGUCUCGCGGAAUUUCGCCUACUUCGAUUGUUCGAGGCACUCGGUUUGCCUCGACUGUGUCAAGUCGCAAUGGGCUUGCAGUUGGUGCGUCUACGACAACCGAUGCACUCACAACACCAGCGGCUGCCAAGGCAACGUCAUUUCCGGGGAAAACAGCCAAACGAGCCUGGCGGCACACGGAAUCCAGUACUGUCCGCGAUUCGCACCCCGGGAGGAACCCUUGAUGCUGCCAAAUAAUGUACCGAAGGAGAUAGUCCUCCAGGUGGAGAACCUGCCGCAACCGCAGAUCGGUCACACGGGGUUCCAGUGCAUCGUGACGAUCGAGGGAGCGAAUCUACGGGUGCAGGCCCGAGUGGACAGCAGCCGGUUCAUCGUCUGUGACAAGACAAUCUACUCUUACGAGGAAGCGACCGGGGAGUACGAGGCGGCGGUGACCGUCGUCUGGAACACGAACCACCACGUGGACCAGACGACGGUCGUCCUGUACAAGUGCGAGGUCCUUGGCUCUCACAGGGAGCACGCGGAUUGCUCUCUGUGCCUGACGAGGGAUCCGCGCUACGAAUGUACCUGGUGCGGGACCAGCUGCGUCUACCGUCAUUCGUGCAUGUACUCGCCAUUCGCAGUCUGCCCGAAACCCAGGAUAGACAUGAUUAAACCGCUGAGUGGACCUAUCGAGGGCGGCACCCUGGUCACAAUCGAGGGCAGUAAUUUGGGUUUGCGUAAAAGCGACGUCGAGGGAAAGAUACACAUCGGUAACACUCCGUGUACCCUGGUCGACUAUGAGGUCUCGGUGAGGAUAGUGUGCCGAACGGGCCGGCACGAGGCGACCGACACCGCCUCCGUGGUUGUUGGUAAUAACGCCGGCGACACCGAGAGCGCGGUGCUCUUCAACUACAAGGAUAUCCGAUUGACCGGGGUGCAUCCAUCGAUGGGACCCCAAAGUGGCGGCACCCAGUUGGCCAUCUCCGGGACCUACCUCAACAUCGGGAGCACGAUUGCAGCGUACCUCGACGAGCUGCCCUGUCGGGUGAACGCCACUCAGGCGAGCAGUACCAGACUGACCUGUGUCACCAGCAAAUCCGGCAGGGUUCGGCAGGUCCACACGUUAACCCUGAGCAUCGACGGGGCAAAUCGUACUCUGUACGGGAAUCCUUACAAUUACACCCUGGACCCUACCAUCAUGGAGAUCAAACCCCUCAGGAGCUUCGCUUCGGGCGGUCGGAUGAUCACGGUGCAUGGGACCAACUUGGACACCAUUCAAAAACCGGAGAUGGAGGUGUACUUCGAGGACGAGGUCGAGCCUGUUAAUCGCACCGUCUGUGUCGUCCUGAACCCCACGCAGAUGGAGUGUCCCAGUCCCAGUGUUUCCGGUAGGUUUCGUUCCCUGAGAAGGAUCGAGCGCUCGACGUCCGAGUCGACGACUUCUGACGCGAGUUUCUCGGAUCUGGGCGACGGGGACGACAAUCCUGGGCGAUCGCCGCCCGGCAUCCAGGUCCUUAAGAACGGAGGCAAAGAGUCGCAGCUCUCCCUGAAGAUAGCCUUCCUCAUGGACGACGUCGAGAGCGUCAGAGACCUGGAGAAACAUUUCCAGAAUCUAAGGAAUCGGCUGCUUUAUGUGGAGGACCCGAAGUUUUUCCCUUUUCCGAGGAAUGUCAAGUUGUACAAGGGCGACACUCUGGUGAUCGAAGGUGAGCAUCUGACUUAUGCCAGUGACGAGUCCGACGUGAACGUCACCGUGGGUACCAUGCCUUGCAACGUGACGUCCCUCGCCCUGACCCAACUGGUGUGUACACCUCCGGAUCAACAACCGGCUGAUACCGACGAACUUGGCGUCAAGACCGAGCACGGCCUACCCCUGGUGGUCGUCAGAGUCGGCCGGACUUUGCGCUUCCCCAUCGGUUAUCUGCACUACGACGUGGCCAAGUCGUACCCAAUUCCUCCGGAGGCCAUUGCCGGCAUCGCCGCGGGCACGUUUAGUCUCGUCUUUCUCUUCGUCCUGGUGCUGGUGGUCUACCGGAGAAAGAGCACGCAGGCCGAAAGGGAGUACAAGAGGAUUCAAAUUCAAAUGGACACGUUAGAGAGCAACGUCCGAAUGGAGUGCAAGCAGGCCUUUGCCGAGUUGCAGACCGACAUGACCGACCUGACCGCCGAUCUCGAGUCCUCCGGCAUACCGACCCUAGAUCAUAAGAACUACAUCAUGAAAGUCUUCUUCCCAGGCGUAAUCGACCACCCGAUACUGAACGAUCCUCGGGCCAGAAACAACGUGUCCAGGACUAACUACGACGCCGCGAUGGUGCAGUUCGAGCAACUCAUCAACAACAAGUGCUUCCUGCUGACCUUUGUCGAGACCCUGGAGGCUCAGAAGGAUUUCAAUAUCCGGGAUAAGGUGAACGUCGCCUCGCUGCUCAUGAUCGUGCUCAUGAGCAAGAUGGAAUACGCGACCGACGUGUUGAUGAGCCUGCUACUGCGGCUAAUCGACAAAGCGGUCAACACGAAGCACCCCCAGCUCAUGCUCAGGAGGACCGAGUCGGUCGUCGAGAAGAUGCUGACCAACUGGAUGGCUCUGUGCAUGUACAACUACCUCAAGGACUACGCGGGCUCUUCGCUCUUCCUCCUCUUCAAGGCGAUUAAACAUCAGAUCGAGAAGGGCCCGGUCGAUGUGGUCACGCACGACGCCAGGUACUCUCUCUCCGAGGAGCGACUCCUCCGAGAGCAGAUCGAGCACAGCGUGGUGACCCUGCACGUCGUCCAGGACGAUCUCGACGAGAAGAUCCAGUGCAAGGUCCUCGACUGCGACACCAUCAGUCAGGUCAAGUCGAAGAUUCUGGACGCCUUGUACAAGAACACGCCGUUCUCGUUGAGGCCCUCUAUCCACGAGGUCGACCUCGAGUGGCGUCACGGCCGGGGCGGCCACCUUUCCCUUCAGGACGAGGACCUGACCACCAAGUGCAGCGGCGGUUGGCGAAAAAUCAACACGCUCGCCCACUACGGAGUCAAGGAGUCCGCAGUGAUGUCCUUGAUACCCAGACAAAACGACGGGUUCGCCGUCAACUGUAAACCACCGUGCCACGCGUGCAAGACCUCGAGUCACCAUCGACACGGGUCGAAUCACUGCUCGGCGACCCACCUGCAUCAGAACCAGCAGCCGCACUAUCAUCAUUACCACCACCACCACGUCCACCAUCACCACCACCUGGCCAACGCGGCCGGGAACGCUCAAAUAGGGCCCGCGAUAGUCUACUCGCACACCCCGGUCGGAGGAGGUGGUAUCUAUUACGAGUCGCAACAUUCGCCUCCACCACCUCCGGUGAUCACGGCCAAUGGAGACGUCGAAGCUGGCCACGGGGGCCACAACCGGCGCCUCUACCACCUGGUCAGGCCUCUCGAGGAAAGCCAUUAUGCCUCCACCGGGGGCGGCGGCCUGGGUCUCAUCGGCGGCAAACACCAUCACCGCCACCAUCAUCCGGAGCGCACUCACAAGGCCAUUCCGGAGAUCUUCCUGACCCGACUUCUCUCGACCAAAGGCACCGUCCAGAAGUUCGUCGACGAUUUCCUCAACACGAUACUCACCGCGAACGAGGCUCUGCCCAGCGCCAUCAAGUGGCUCUUCGACCUCCUCGACGAGGCCGCCAGGCGGCACGGCAUCGUCGACCCCGAAGUCGCCCACGCCUGGAAGUCGAACAGCCUUCCCCUGAGGUUCUGGGUCAACUUCAUAAAGAAUCCGGACUUCAUGUUCGACAUCAACAAGUCGACGACGGUCGACUCGAGCCUCUCGGUCAUUGCGCAGACCUUCAUGGACUCCUGCUCGACCACCGAGCACAGGCUCGGGAAGGACUCGCCCUCGAACAAGCUCCUUUUCGCCAAGGACAUACCCCAUUAUAGGGAGAAGGUCGGUAGGUUCUACACGGACGUGCAGAGACUCCCACAAAUCUCCGACCAGGAGAUGGCGGCCGCCAUGCAGCUGCUGAGUGCGGCCCAUGUCAACGAGUUCGACGUCAUCGCCGCGCUCAAGGAGCUCUACAUCUACGUCAGCAAGUAUUACGAACAGAUACUAGACGCCCUCGAAACGGACGCGGGCUGCCGCAAACUACACCUGGCGCACAGGCUGGAGAACGUGGCGUGCACGAUGGAGGGCGAGGAGACGAACGCCUGCUGACACGACUCAGGGAGCACCGCGAGCCCACCCUACCCCGAAGACGUCGAGGCCCUCAAGGACGCUGACUAGUGCCUCCAGUCCUCGCGCACCGUCCGCGUCCGUGCUCGCCUCUACGGUUAGGCCCCUGCCGCCCCCUUGUCGGCGAAGCUUUUCGGACGGGCGCGCACCCUGCGUGGAAACCGGAUGCGCGAGGUACCUUACCGAGCGAGGAGGCCCCCGGUUCCGUCCGAGCCCUCGUCGGCGCGCGACGACGUCUCGCAGAGCAGGAAUUUGACUCUAUUAGAACCGAUCGUCCCGGGCGUCGCGUCGAACGCGACUGUCAAGAGUCAGGAGAGAAUUAUUAGGCUCGGGGUCGAGGUGUUCCCCGAACGGUGUUGCUUAAUCUCUGCGCGAGACGGUGGCGCUGACGCGAAUCCCGGUGGCCCGCAGAGAUACGUGCUACAUGCAUUUAUUGUAUAUUUUGUGGAAUCUAGACUUUGAUUUUCCGUCCGAGAUUGGGGUCGUGGUGUAGCGCGUCGACGGCGUCGAAGAAAAACCCCGAGCGACUGUUUCGUGGUUUCUUAAUCAAUUUGGAAGAGGGGACAAAACUACGUAAAGUUCACUACGUAUUCAUGUUUCUGAUGGAUCUUCCAAUUUGAGAUUUCUUAAAAUCAAAUAUGGGCAUUUCGGGUUACAUGAAAUCGAUUCCGGUCUCGUUCAACGUGCUUCGGUCCGUACCCGAAUUUAUUGACUGAUUUUUACAUUCGUGUUAAGAUUUGAUUCCGUUUUUCUUUUUCUUUUUUAACCAGGAUCAUUUAGUUUCGUUUAUUUGACACCGUCAAUUAACGUCGAUUGGCUGGACCGUUGAUCUUUCUCGACGUAAUGUAUUUUAUCUUUACCGAUGUACUUUGGUAUUUCGGAAACACCUUACCCGGGAUUUUCUGAACUCACCACGACCGCUCUUUUUUAGUUGCAUCAAAGUCGCAAUCGAGCCCUGUGUAUCGCCCGAGUGAAAUCGCGGCGACCCAGUGAACUUUAGGGACUCAAGGAGAGGGAUAUUACCUAAUGUAUAUGAAAUGUCUAUCGAAAGUACUGUACGAAACGCCAAUUGUCUGGGUAACACCCAAACGGGGACGUCGUCGCGCGUUCUACGAAAUGUCGGUGUGCGUGGAUUCGAACUAAUACGCUGGAUUACGGAAGAAAAAUGUUAAUUAUGGGCGAAAGGACGAGGCGGUCACCGAAAACUGUACCUUCGAGCGGACCUUGUUUCGUUGCAGCGGUGCGUUCUAAAGUUUUCCAUGUUUUAUAUAUUUUUUUUGUUAUUUUUCUUUUACGCGAUUUCGCCGCGAAUCCAAUACGGUCGGACACGAAUCGAUCGUUCGGGGAAAAUUUCAUCGCUCGAAGAUGGGAACUCCUUGGAACGAGUAAAAUUCCCCUGGGCGACAGCUCCGUUCAUUUAGGUGCAGCGAAAUUAUUAGCUUUACAGGCCGAACCUUAUGUACGAACGCGUACGUCAACGAGUAGUUCGCGAUUUUAGCUCGAGUGGCUAUAUCUAUUGUAUAAUUAACUAGAAUAUAAUUUUAACAAUGGUAACGGCGAUGGCAGUGCCAGAGACCGGGUAAAAGUGCGGUCACUCUUUUGCGGCUACUAAAAGCGCACCUAAUUGGGUCGUUCCCACCGUGGCGUGGUCGUUGUUACCGUUGCUACUGUUAUAUAUUAUUAUAUCGUGACACGUAAAUAUAUACGCGGUGUACAGGUAACGAUCGCAGAGUGUACAUAUACGGAUUACAUGCGCGACGUGUCCCGUACCCUGUAUACAAGCCUGUAUAUGCGAGCGAGAGAUGCGAGCCCUGUUAAAAGGCGGAGUAAGAAGUAACAUUUAAAGUCUAAGGCAACCGAAGUAACGUUAUAUAUAUAUAAAAAAAAAAGUUAAAGGGAAUUUUAAGAGAUAUAACACGGCGGCGUCGACUGCCUCAGGCCUAGAUACGUACGAGGUGUACGGAAGAUUUUUCUAACGCUCGAUUAUUUUCCUUCGUUUUUUAUAUUCCCUUUUUUUACGUAUCCAGUAUUCUGUACGACCCCGCAUAUGAUAAUGUAUACGCGUUAUUAUGUUGUGCAUUGAUAUAUUAUUGUCGCGAGACGCCGUCGUUUGUCACCGUCGUCGAGGUUUUGAUUUUUUUUUCCCCCUUUUCUACAACGAUUGUCGUAAAUCGGUAAUUAUUAAGGACGCGAACGAAUGGCCAGUGACUUUUCUUCGGAGUUGCGGCCUUUUCGUCCGCUUUGAUACGAAGUUAUUAAAAUAGUACGGGAACGUAAUUCAGGGUCCGUAGAAAAAAAAUCUAGGAUCGCUUCAUCUCGAACGUGGUUACCAGGAUCAAAUGAGAACUUCACGAAAGAACGUAUCUCGACUAGCCGAUGUCGCGAUCGAUAGACUUUGACACACGGGAUUGAUAAUUGUACAUAUAUUUUUGACUGGUCGAUCUCACGACGGUGACAACUUUUGUCGAGGGUCUCUCGCAACGGGCAUCGUUAAGUAAUACUCGAAAGACGAGGCAUUCCGUCUAGAAUGAAAACGGGAACGACUGCGACUGGGUGAUAACGUGAUAAGAAGGAAAGAAAGGGGAUAAAAAAGAAGUUCGUCGAACGCACAGUGAUAGGCGCGGCCUCGUGCCGUCCAUUUAAACGGAGCUCCGCGAUCGAGUAUCUCAUUGCCAGGAAUGCAUUUAUAUUUAUAGGCCGAUCGCGUCGAUCGCGUCGAUUACAUCGAAGGUGAGAACCUAUCCUGCCACGAGGAGCGACCUCCUCGCGCUGCGCCGCCCGAAAUUCGGCACGAUCGCUCCGAUAUAUCCUUUCCGACCUUUUAUCCAUUUCGAGUUGAGCCGGGAUCUUUUCUAGCUAAGCGAUGGGCUUCGACCGUUUCGAUACUAUAUUAUCAUGUAUUUGUAAAGUCCCGAGGGUGCGACGGGCCCUCGUCUCUGCGUACGCUUAAAUCCAGCAUAUACUGCCAAGGCUUUUCGUGGCGCUUCUGUGGAUAAUCGAUCGAGCGCGAAUCCGUCGUAAGAAAUCGCUAAGUUAUG